CGAACCAAAAAAGCCUUACAUCUAGACCACCCGUGAUCUGUGAAGACUUGUAAAUCCCUAUACCUGGUUUCGUGGUGAGGGCUGCGCAAUUGCGCAAGCUGCGAGAGUACUAUCGGACCUUUCCAUGGAAUCCACUCCACGCGUGAUCACCACUGAGGGUGUCGGUCCGAUCUGAUGUGGGGUAAAAAGUUGCCGUCUGGACAGUAAAUCACAUAUAUGAGGAUCAAUACACACGUGCUAGUCAACACAAAGCGCAAAAAUGCCUAUGCAUCCGGUGACUUCCACUUUGAUGUACCGGGGGAUCUGCACCAUUCCUGAUAUCUUGUCGUACCGGGCACCGGUCAAUCUACCUGAGGAUGAAGUGGAAGAAAUCCGGGAGGCAUUUAAGGUGUUUGAUCGAGAUGGGAAUGGCUUCAUCUCAAAGCAGGAGCUCGGCAUGGCCAUGCGUUCUCUAGGGUACAUGCCCAAUGAGGUCGAGCUGGAGGUCAUCAUUCAAAGACUCGACAUGGAUGGAGACGGCCAGGUGGAUUUUGAGGAAUUUGUUACUCUCCUGGGGCCCAAACUCUCGGCUGCCGGUAUGCCUGACAAGUUCAACGGAACCAAUUUUGACUCUGUGUUCUGGAAGUGUGAUAUGCAGAAGCUGACUGUGGAAGAGCUGAAGAGACUCUUAUACGAAACCUUCUGUGACCACCUGACUAUGAAGGACAUCGAGAAUAUCAUCAUGACCGAGGAGAAUCACAUCGAAAAUCCUGAGGACUGCCAGGUUGACAUUGACAGAUUCUUGAAGCAGCACUGUAAAGACACUUCUAACGUCUUGAGCAUGCUUGUGUAUUCCUCUUAUACGGAGGCUCAUGUUGCCUUUAAAUUUCUCCGAUGCUUGACAUCAGGAUUGUUCUGCCAUAGUACUCCUGUCAACAAGAACCUGAGCUUGUCUGCAAAUUUUGAGAGUCUGAUGCUCAGGACUCAACAGGCUCACUGUACGGGUCUGUAA